AUGAAACAGCCGAUACCCGAUCCACCUCCAUUGGCACAUCGACUGCAAACACAAACAGGUCGUCCGUUUCUCUUUUGGCACGUUCCAGUGCCACAAUUUUGCGAGCAACAAGCACCAAUACAUAGCUUCGCUGCAACUUCACUCAAACCCCAGAUAUCCAUGCGGGCACAAACAGAGAAAAGAUCGUUAUCACGUUUAGCUCGAAGCAAUGGAUCGGCAUUAACAUUAAUAAUGAUUGCUUAUCCAGAUACCAAUCAAUUUCACGACGUGAUUGAAUCAAUAAGAAGAUAUCCGUAUCGGUAUAAAAUUGAGCAAGGAAAAAACUAUCCGAAACUAAAAUUCACCGGAACCGUAAAAUUACAUGGAGCAAAUGCCGCAAUUGUCUAUCAAAAAGAAUUAGGAUAUCAUUGUCAAUCGCGUCAUCUGAUCGUAUCUCCAGAAAUGGACAAUCAUGGUUUCGCACAUUUUAUGUAUCCACUAGCAGAGAAAUUUCUACAAGAGCGUGUUCUUAUUAAUUGUUCGAUGCUUCAAAAACAUUAUGAUCGUGGAAAUACGAUUGUCAUCUAUGGAGAAUGGUGUGGUCGGAACAUUCAGAAGAACGUUGCUCUGUGUGGUGUUCGAAAAAUGUUUGUAAUUUUCAAGAUUCGAAUCGGAGAGUCGAAGCCACCAGUUUGGAUUGAUCCAAAACAUUGGUCGAACCUUCAAUGGUCUGAGCAAUUGAUUUACAAUAUUUUCGAUUUUUCAACCUACGACAUCGAGAUUGAUUUUAAUCAACCGCAACUUGCUCAGAGCAAGCUUGUAGAAAUUACCAAAACUGUUGAAAAUGAAUGUCCAGUUGGCAUGUAUUUUAAUCAGAAAGGUUAUGGAGAAGGUAUUGUUUGGACUGAAUGGUUACAAUCAUAUGGCAAUCUUUCCUUUAAAGUCAAAGGUGAAAUGCAUGCAGUGACCAAAGGUGGACCGAUGGCACCGAUUGCUGCAGAAAGAUUCGAUAGCAUCCGCGACUUUGUCGAAUAUGCUUGUACAGAUAAUCGUAUGAAUCAAGCACUUGAUUAUCUUUGUGAAAUACAAUUAGAGAUUGAAAUGGAGAAUUUCGAUACGUUUCUUGAAUGGAUUAUAGCUGAUAUCAAGAAAGAAGAGACAAAUACAAUUAAGAAUUCAAAUUUGAAUCUAAAAGAUGUUAUGUGUGCUAUCAGAGGUAUGAGCAAUAUAACGAUUGUUGAUGUACAAUUGAUCGAUUCUAUCAAUGUUUUGAAUAAGAAUAUUACGUUAUAUGUCUUUGGUUUGAUUUGGAUUGCGGGAAAUAUUGGAUCAAUAUUGACUUGCAUCGUUUUUCGUCGACCACCGUUCCGGAAGAGCCCAUGUGCGAUAUAUUUUUUCGCCUCCAGCUGCUCACAAUUAUUGCUUUAUAAUUUUGCUUUGUUAAAUCGAAUACUACAAUAUGGCUUUAAUGAACAAAUAGUACAAAUGAAUCUUUGGUUUUGUAAGAUGCGCUUCUAUCUUCUAUAUCUUCUUAUGGCUAACGCACGUUAUAACAUUAUUCUAGCUUCAGUUGAUCGCUAUAUCGCUAGUUCUCGAGAUGCUCUUCGCCGUCAAUGGAGUUCAUCGAAAACUGCAUUUCGAGCAAUUGUUGGUAAUGCACUCUUUUGGGCUAUCGUGUAUAUUCAAGUGAUCGUUUUUUAUGAAACCGCAAACAACGGUUGUAAACCUCGACCAGGAACUAGUGGUGUAUAUUUUAGCAUCUAUAUUACUAUUGACAAUGGUAUUCUUCCACUACUUUUGAUGCUCAUUUUCGGUUUGCUAACCGCUAAGAAUGUACGUCGAAUGGGCUCGAGGCGUGUUGAACCUAUCACUCGUAAUGCGCACGCAGGUGGUCAACCGAUCCGAGUGAAGGAAAUAUCGAGGAAAGAUAGACAACUACAGAAAAUGCUGAUCAAUCAAAUUAUUGUCUCCUUGUUUCUUAACAUACCAAAUCCGUGUUUUCUUAUCUACGAAACGAUUACCACAAAUACGUACAAGUCAGCGGCACGUCUUCAAAUGGAAGCAUUCGUCAGCAAUAUGACGUAUAUUCCACUUUAUCUUGGCUUUGCGUUGACCUUCAGUAAUUUCAUGAUUUCAUCAACGAUGUUUCGACGAGAGUUUUUCACUAUCAUCCAGACAAAGAUACUUCAACGAGUGCCAGUACGACUUGCAAGAAAUGAUCCAAUUACUGUAAGAAAUGGGACAGAGAACGUGGUGGAUCAUCUUUCUGACAAACAUCGGUGA